ACGUGGCGUGUUGACAAAAAAAUGCCCCAAAAUGCGAGUGGAAACGAAGAGGUGAAUAAUUAAAUAAUGUUUGAGGCGUGGUUCUCGAUAAACCCAAACUUUAGCAAUCGCCUCGCCACGAUUGUAAGUUUUUGGCGAUAAUUUAACAAAAUUAUUAAACGAAAUUACGACCCCAAGUCGAGGUUUAUUUUGUCGCUUGCUCGAUCUACUGCUGGAUUUAGGCAUCGCCUCCUCCAUCUCUCCACACGCGGCUGGUGAUGUAAUUUUAAACAUUUUUUAAAGGUUUUUUAAAAUUUUUAUAUAAACUUAGCGAUGUAAAGGUACACCCACGUGUAAAUAGAAUACCAUUAAUCGCACGUAAAGAUGUAAUCGUAUCGUAAUUUAAUUAAUUGUAUACAUUGCAGUGUGAACAGCGUUCAUUGGCUAGUGCUCGUGCCAUUAUACCGAUUUUAAAAGCCGAUUUUAUUUACAAGAUUAUGAACUGCACAGUAAUCUGUAAACAUAAUGUGUUGUACAUUAGUGGAAGGAAUAUAUAUAGAAGUUGAUUUUAGCGGGUAACAUUAUAUCAAAGGCUUAUAAUAGCAUUGCAUUGAAGCGAAUAUAAUAUUAUAUUUGAGACAUUUAACUCUAAAUAGGAUUAUAAUAUCCACUUACCAUCGCACAUAGCAAACUAUUAUGCUAAUACCGGUAUUAAUAUCACUCUUAUAUUGUACGAACUGUAGAUGUUAUUACGUUACCAGCGGAACAAUAGCGAUAUUGUAAUUUACGACCAUAAAACUGGGUUAACCAUUUACGUUGCGAGAUUAACAUUCACUAUCAUAGCUUGCACGUAGCAAUCGUUACAUGACAACGGGUUAUCGUUAUAAAUGUUUAAAAUCUACGCAUUCAGAAUAUAAACAUUUCAAUUCGACACUUUAGACGAACUCCCCCAAUACUCGGUGGUCAACUCUUAAACAAUCCGAUAAACAUAAUUAACACGGACACUUAGUUUCUAAUUAAAACUAAUUGUGUUAAUUAAAAAAAAACAUAAUAACUGACGGAAGACGACAAUCAAACAUUUUAAUCUUUAAAAUAAAAAAAUCUCCUCAGAAAUUAUAAAAAAAAAAGUCUCCGCCCACUUGAACCCAAAUGUGGGGCCCUGGCCGAGUCGGGCCCCCCUCCCUCGCCUGCUCGUCCCCGCCGCCGCGGGGCCGCCCUCCCGGGCACGACUCUUAUCCCGGCUGGGUCCAGCGAGGCUACGUCCAUCUUAUGACUGCGAACGAACACUCGAUCCAGGCGCUGUCAUGGCGCAAACUCUACCUCAGCCGCGCCAAACUCAAGGCGUCUUCCCGCACGUCGGCGCUGCUCUCCGGCUUCGCCAUGGUGGCGAUGGUGGAGGUGCAGCUGGACGUGGGCCACGUGUACCCGCGGGGGCUGCUGGUGGCGUUCUCCGUGUGCACCACGGUGCUGGUGGCCGUGCACCUGUUUGCGCUGCUCAUCAGCACGUGCAUCCUGCCCAACCUGGAGGCGGUGAGCAACGUGCACAACCUGCACGCCGUGGACGAGAGCCCGCACGAGCGCAUGCACGGCUACAUCGAGCUCGCCUGGGCCUUCAGCACCGUCAUCGGCACGCUGCUCUUCCUCGCUGAGGUCGUUCUCCUCUGCUGGGUGAAGUUCCUCCCCCUGGGCGCCGCUCAGCGACCUCAGCAGCAGCUGCCGCCACCGCCACAUCCACCACCACAUCCACCACCUCCACAUCCACCGCCGCUGUCCCCCGUGUCGCCCCCCGCUCACCCCGACCACGACCACCACCUCGUCAUCCCCCCCACGCCUCCCCUCGUCAUCUCGCCGCCGCUCUACCCCGGCCCUGGAGGCGGCAGCGACGAGGGGAGGGACGCUGCCUUGGCCGCCACGGCCGUGAUGGCCCCCGUGGGGCUGCUGUUCGUGCUGUUCGCGGCUCACUUCUACCGCUCGCUGGUCGGGCACAAGACGGAGCGCCACCGGCACGAGAUCGAGGAGCUGAGCCGGCUACGCAACGAGCUCGAUGGCGGUGGAGGUGGAGGAGGUGGAGGAGGAGGUGGAGGAGGUGGAGGUGACGGAGGAGGAGGAGUAGGUGGAGAGACCGGGGUGACCGCUGGCAGUCACCGGAUACGCGACGACGAUUACGAUGACGACGACGAUGACGGUGGUGGUGGUGGGGGUGGUGGUGGGGGUGGUGGUGGUGGUGGGGCUGGUGGUGGUGGUGGGGCUGGUGGUGGUGGUGGUAAUGGAUACUGUGACGGGGUGCAGGGAGGUCGGAUUGGAGGCAAGGGCGGUGGCUAUGGGGGUGGGGUCGUCUGAGGUGGAGCUGACGGAGGAGGUGGAGCUGACGGAGGUGGAGGAGGUGGAGGAGGUGGAGGAGGUGCAGUAGAGACACGGGUGACUGAUGGCUGUCACUAGAUAUGCGACGAUUAUGAUGAUGGUGCUGGUGGUGAUGGGAGUGAUGCGUCUGUGUCUCUGUGUGAGUCUCUGUGUGUGUCUCUGUGUGUGUCUCUGUGUGAGUCUCUGUGUGUGUCUGUGUGUCUCUGUGUGAGUCUGUCUCUGUAAGUCUACGUGUCUCCGAGUCUCUGUAAGUCUAUGUGUCUCUGAGUCUGUCACUGUGUGGCGAGUCUGUGUAGCACUGUGGUGGGUCUGUCACUGUGUGGCGAGUCUCCGUGUCUGUGUGGUGAGUCUGUCUCACUGUUUGGUGAGUGUCUCUGUGUGAGUGAGUCUGAGUGAGUCUCUGUGUGUGUUUGUGUGAGUCUCUGUGUGUGUGUGUCUGUGUGAGUCUCUGUGAGUCUGUGUGAGUCUCUGUGUGUGAGUCUCUGUGUUUGAGUCUGUGUCUCUGUGUGAGUCUCUGUGUGUGUCUCUGUGUGUGUGUCUCUGUGUGUGUCUGUGUGUGUCUGUGUGUGUCUGUGUGUGUCUUUGUGUGUGUCUUUGUGUGUGUCUUUGUGUGUGUCUCUGUGUGUGUGUCUGUGUGUGAGUCUGUCUCUGUGUGAGUCUCUGUGUGUGUCUGUGUGUCUGUGUGAGUCUCUGUGUGAGUCUCUGUGUGUGUGUCUCUGUGUGUGUCUGUGUGUGUCUGUGUGUGUCUGUGUGUGUCUUUGUGUGUGUCUUUGUGUGUGUCUUUGUGUGUGUCUCUGUGUGUGUGUCUGUGUGUGAGUCUGUCUCUGUGUGAGUCUCUGUGUGUGUCUGUGUGUCUGUGUGAGUCUCUGUGUGUGUCUGUGUGUCUGUGUGAGUCUCUGUGUGUGUGUCUCUGUGUGUGUCUGUGUGUGUGUCUCUGUGUGUGUCUGUGUGUGUGUGUCUCUGUGUGUGUGUCUCUGUGUGUGUCUGUGUGUGUGUGUCUCUGUGUGUGUCUCUGUGUGUGUCUCUGUGUGUGUCUCUGUGUGUCUCUGUGUUGUGUCUCUGUGUGUCUCUGUGUGUGUCUUUGUGUGUGUCUCUGUGAGUCUGUGUCUCUGUGAGUCUGUGUCUCUGUGUGUGUCUCUGUGUGUGUCUCUGUGUGUGUCUCUGUGUGUGUCUCUGUGUGUGUCUCUGUGUGUGUCUCUGUGUGUGUCUCUGUGUGUGUCUCUGUGUGUGUCUCUGUGUGUCUCUGUGUGUGUCGCUGUCUGAGUCUGUACACCCCCUUGGCCAGGCUCGGACUGCAGCCGGCUGGCGGAGUGGAUGCACCGAACCCUCCCCUGAGUUUACUUCAUUCAAAUGAUAUGCCAAUGAUAAGCUACUCGUAUGCUAAUGUUACAUAGAUACCGGCGGUACGAACAACGACGACAGCGUUAGGGGUCGGUGUUGAGUGGAGACCGCCGGGUCCCAGUCAGCAUCGCCACUGGGGAGACACGGGGCGGCCGCUCACGUGUGCCGUGCCAACAGCACUUGCCCCUACAGCACUGUGAGGGCUACCUGGGCCGGGGGGAGGACCUUUGUCUUUUGUGUGAUGAAAUUGCUUUUAAGUUUUGCCGCGGGUGGAGCGGCGGCGCUGCGGUUAGCGCCAUGCCGCCGACCCGGCGACCCGAACCGGUCCUGGGCCUCUCCUAGGUCGACUCGGCCUCAACCGAGUAGCUGCGGACAUCGCCGGCACCGGGGAGACAAAGGCGGCCGGGCGCGGUGCUGGCCACCCACCCCCCCCCUCCCCCCUCGGUGUGACCCGCAAAGCCCCGGCGAGGUUCCAGGUGGCACCGCUGGGGCUUGGGGGACUUGGGGGGCCCCUUUGUCUUUGUGCGCCUUGCCCCCCCCCCGCCCCCCCCCCACUGAAUGGUUGUGGAUGUGGAGGAGCGGCAGGCGAGGCCAGGGGGGGGGCUGGCGGCGAGGGGGGGCGCUGUGGGGACGCUGACGCUGAAGCCGGCCGGGGGCCUUGGUCUGUGUGGGGCCACGCGGUGGUGGGGCCUGAGUCGGGGGCCACGCGUGGGGCCUAGUCGGUGCGGGGCCUAGUUGGUGUGGAGGCCACGCGUGGGGCCUUGGUCAGCGUGGGGCCUGAGUCGGGGGCCACGCGUGGGGCCUUGGUCGGUGCGGGGGCCACGCGUGGGGCCUAGUC